AUGAGGACGUCGACCUUGAUUGCCGCUACUGCCGGCACAAUCGUCACCGGCCUUCUGGCCUACGCCGUCUACUUUGACCACAAGAGACAGACCGACCCGGAGUUCCGCAAAGCUCUCAAGAGGAACAACCGCCGCAUGGCAAGGGCUGUCAAGGAGGAGGCUGAGGCCCAGGGUGCCAUGCAGCGCGAAGUCAUCAAGAAGGUCGUGCAGCAGGCCAAGGAUGAGGGUUUCCCCACGGACCUGGAGGAGAAGGAGGCCUACUUCAUGAGCCAGGUUGCUCAGGGAGAGUCUCUUGUUGCCGAAGAACCCAUUGAGGCUGCCCUGUGCUUCUACAAGGCCCUCAAGGUCUACCCCCAGCCUAAGGACCUGAUCUCCAUCUACGACAAGACCGUGCCCAAGGAGGUGCUCGAGAUCCUGGCCGAGAUGGUCGCUCUGGACUCCGGUCUGAAGCUCGGCUCGUUCACCGGCGAGGGCUCCGCCCCGGAGAGCCACGGAGUCGAGUAA